GUUGUGAAGCAUCCUUUCACUUUGGAGGACACAAGGCAGCCCUGGCCGAGCCUUUUGUAAACUCCUCGCUAACGAGAACAAUCUGUGUGCAGGCCACAGGGGAAGAGGAAAACUGGCGAGGGGGGAGGAGUAAAGUGAAAAAAGGAGGGAUUUCUUUCCCCCUGCUUUUUAAACACCGUCUGUCUGCAUCAUUCCUGCAGGCUGCGGCUGGAAAAGUGCAGAGCUGGACGGAAAGCUUGAAUUUCAGACGCGCUCGUCCAACAGGGGGACUUUGCCGGGACUUCUCCUUUUUAACCGCUGGAUGACCUUGGAGGUGAAAUGGAGAUCCUUCAGGUGAUGGCCGUGUCUGCCGCAGUCAUCAGCAGCAGCUUGGCGUCACCGCUCGCUUUUUACAGCUCGGCCGAGGGCAGCGCCGACGUGGAAGACCUCUACAACGUCACUUCCUCUCUUCCCACAAACAGCGUUUCUUGGAAUCAGUACCACCAGACAACACCUGCUGGCCCCGCCCAGCAGGAAGCAGACUUCCUGAGUGGGAUGGUGAACUUUCUGGAGGCCAACAUGCUCCUCAUCCUCGUCUUCGCCUCUCUGCUUUUCCUCGUUCUGCUCAUAGUGUGCGCCGCGGUGGUCCUGAGUCGGCGGCAUAAGGUCAACACCUACUACCCGUCCUCUUUCCCGUCCAAAAUGUACGUGGACCUGCGGGACAAGACCGGAGGCGCUCGCCUCUUUCAUGAGCUGCCAGAGAAAGCGGAAGCCAGGCAGGAGAGCGAGCCGGUGGACUCUCACAAGCAGCUCCAGGCAGACAUCAUGAAGGCUGCCAAGAGUCUGAGGACGCCAAUAAAAACUGCGGAGGGAGCCGGCAUUCCUGAGGACAAACCAGACGGAGACGUGAUCCCGGAUGAGGAGCAGCCGCCAAGUCCUGCUGAGGAGGAGGAGGACGCGUGUGAUGCAGCUGGAGCAGCCCAUUCGAAGGCGGCCAGGAGUCUGCGGCCUGCGUCUCUGCAUCUUCACAACGACUCGGCGACGCUGCAACUCAUCGCGGGGGAGAAAACCGCCUUCUAAACGAACCUUUUACAGCCAGACUAGACCCCCUCUUCAUCGCUUAGGCCAGGGGUCAGCAACCUUUACCACUCAAAGAGCCAUUUUGACCCGUUUCACAAAAUAAAGAAAACAAUGGGAGCCACAAAACUAUUUUGAAAUUUAAAAUUAAAUAACACUGCAUACCGUUUUUUUUUUUACUUUGUGCUGUGUAUAAACCAGGGGUCUCACCUUAAUAGGAAAAUUUAAUGAUAGUGGGGCCCGCGAGUUUUAUAUGAAUGCCGCUUGACAGCAUCCCACUUGCCAACUCUCCCGAAUAUUCCGAGAGACUACCGAAUGUCAGAUCAACUAUUCUCGCGAAUGUUUGCAGGAUUUCCCUCGAUCAACAAUAAAAAGGGCAUCCUAUGAAGGCGCUGCCUUUGGCGCCUUCUACAACACGUUCAAUCAGCUUGCCAGCCCAGUCACAUGUCGUAUGAGGCUUCUGCAGACACACGCAAACGAUUGCAAGGCAUACUUGUUUAACAGCCAUACAGGUCACACUGAGGGUGCCCGUUUAAACAACUUUAACACUGUUAAAAAUAUGCGCCACACUGUGAACCCACACCAAACAAGAAUGACAAACACAUUUCGGGAGAACAUCGGCACUGUAACACAACAUAAACACAAAAGAACAAAUACCCAGAAUCCCAUGCAUCCCUAACUAUUUCGGGCUACAUUAUACACCCCCGCUAGCACCAAAUCCCUCCACCCCCUCCGUGCGUCGGUUGAGGUGGGCGUGGUUGGUGUUCACCCCCUGGGAGGUGAGGGGAGCAGUGGGCAGCAGCGAUGGCCGUGCCCGGGAAGCAUUUUUGGUGAUUUAACCCCCAAUUCCAACUCUUGAUGCCGAGUGACAAGCAGGAAGAUAAUGUGUCCCAUUUUUAUAGACUCGGCCGGGGUUUGAACUCACAACCUACCCAUCUCAGGACGGACACUCUAACCACUAAUAACAACAUCAUUACCUGCUACAAAAUGAUCAGAGCAAACUUUAGUGUCGUUUUGCUGGAUCGGGAGUAAAUCCAGCUUGAUCAGAUUUCAGCCAGCCACGGGUUGCGUCUUCCUGUCGACAGACGCUUGUUGUUUUUUUUUGUCUGCUUUACAAUAACCUUUGGAAUGUCGUAGUGCUUUGUGGCUCCUUAUCCUGAAUUCGCUCAGUUUCUACAACCCCGCACGACGCACGUGUGACCUGUUUUUCACCAAAAAAAACUAAAUAGAGGCGUGCUAGGUUAAAAGUGUUUGCAUACACGAUUUGCUUAGUUUUGACACACAGGAUGGCGGACGUCAUCGGAAACCUAUCAAUUGGUGAAUAAGCCGUGUCAAAUCUGCACUCCACAGCACUUUGUAUUGUUGGAAGUGUGUUGGCCAAAAGUUAUUCGGAUCCAUCGUCCACUGAAAAGCAAAAUCAUGAGUCUAUUUCAUAGGACUAUAUUUUCAGGUGAGUUUUAUUAAUAUAUUUCAGGUGCUUCAUAUUCUUAACACUUCUUACUCCUUGGCCGUUAUCAUCCAGCCUUUACAAGAAGCAGCGUAACAUAAUUGCAUAGCCACUUAACAAGCUUUUAUUGUGCGUUUGCGUGACAGGCUAACCACAUAUUAGGAUAACAAAGGGCGUUACUUAGCUAUAUAUUGCAGGAAGUGCUACUUC